AUGCCAGAUGAUAAUAAAAAACGUUUCUGGAGAUAUACUAAUCGGAAGUUUAUCUUGCCGGUUGAAGCACAAGAUUGGGUUGAGACCACAGUUAGAGAUGCAUGGAGAAGAUAUAAGCACAAAAUUAAGAAGAAUCAUUUUUUGAAGUAUUCGAACAUGACUGAGAGACUAAAAAAUCGUCCACUAAAGGUGCCCAUAGCUCAGUUUAAAAGUCUUUGUGAUUAUUGGAGUAAGGAAGCUAUACAAGUAAUCAGUGAAACUAACACUAGAAAUAAGCUCAACUAA